GUGUCCUGUCACUACAUGCUCUUGUAAAUAGUUUCUCUUCAUAAAAGGGAACAUCACAUCUAUAGAUCAGAUAUUGAAAGGAAAUGUUUAACAGCAGCACAGUCCUCAUCUCAGUCGGUGUAUUCGCCCUUUCUGUGAUUUGUCACUGUGUUUGUGUGUCCCACAGUUUGUGCAGGUCACUUUAGGAAGACAGACCUGUUUAAAUACAUACCUGUUAAAUAAUACCUGCACUGGCUUUACUGCUCUGCUUUGGAGUAAAUCUCAGCUUGGUUCUGCUGGUGGAUGAGAGUGGCUUGGAGCAGCUGGCAGCCUGAGCUGCAGAGCUGUGAGGGGCUCAGGUGCUCCUCUCUGGACCCUGCCAGAGGCCAGUGGGGCUGUGGGGCAGGGUAUGGAGUUGGGCUGACCCAACAGCUGCCUCCAAGCCUGGGCUGCUCACGCCUUCUCAGGAUCUAUUAGAUUGGAAAAGACCCCUGAGAUCAUUGUCCAAGCUAUUGUUACAUUGUCCACUCUGCAGCUCGCCUGCACUGCCAAGUGCAGUUUAUUUGCACAGUUCCUGGUUGCUGUAAAGGCUUGGUGACCUGCUGUUUCUCUGGGCUAUCCGGGAGUGUUAUCAGGAAGCCCUGCGGGUGCAGCCAGUGCUGGAGCAUGGGCUGCAGGCUGAGGAGGGAUGGGGGCGGGGAGGGGCAGUGUCCCAGCCACCUGCCCCAGGGGCAUUUUGGUGUCAGUGAGCCUCGCAUGUGCACCUGGAUGUCAGUUACCCACAGCACUCGUGACCUGUGGCCAACAAUGCACAGGAGUUAAAUACAACGGUUCCUGCUGUCAUCCAGCCCCUGAUGUUAUCCAGCCAUGGGAUAAUCUGCCAAGGUCCUUCUCCAGACUUCACGGGUCACUCGGCAUCCGAAGAAGCCUCUGGCUCUGACUCUGCAAGCCAGUCUGAAAGUGAGCAGGGCAGCGAGUCAAACAGCAGCUCCGAGUCCUCUGAGAGUCAGUCUGAAUCCGAAAGUGAAUCAACGGGUUCCAAAUCCCAGCAGACCCCUCCUGAAACCAAAGAAAAACCAGCCUCUAAGAAGGAAAGGAUAGCAGAUGUUAAAAAGAUGUGGGAAGAAUAUCCUGAUGUUUAUGGGGUUAGGAGGUCAAACCGAAGCAGACAAGAACCGUCACGAUUUAAUAUAAAAGAUGAGGCAAGUAGCGAAUCUGAAAAUGAGAGCCCAAAAAGAAGACGCCAGAAGCAAUUAAAAAGAAAAAUUAAAUGGAAAAGAGAGGUCUCUGCUGGAGAAGAGGAUGAAGAUGGAGGGGAGCAUGGCACCAGUGGAGAGAGUGAGCCUGAACCGAAGAAAAUUAAAGCAAGAAGACCUGUCCAGAGGAGAACAGUGGCCAAAGCUGGUGUCAAAAAGCCCCACAAAAUCCAGCGUGGGAAGAGGAAGAAACCAGACUCAUCUGAAGACGAUGAUGAUGAUGAAGAUGAUGAGACCCCCAAGAGACAAACUCGGCGAAGAGCAGCCAAAAAUGUCAGCUACAAAGAGGAUGAUGAUUUUGAGACGGAUUCUGAUGACCUGAUAGAGAUGACUGGGGAAGGAGCUGAUGAACAACAAGACAACAGUGAAACUAUUGAGAAAGUCUUGGACAUCAGGCUUGGAAAAAAGGGAGCCAUCGGAGCUUCCACCACGGUGUACGUGACCGAGGCCAACGGCAACCCCAGCGCCGACUUCGACCCCGAGAAGGAUGAGGGGGAAGUUCAGUACUUGAUCAAAUGGAAAGGCUGGUCAUACAUCCACAGCACGUGGGAGAGCGAGGAGUCCUUGCAGCAGCAGAAAGUGAAGGGCCUGAAAAAGCUAGAAAACUUCAAGAAAAAAGAGGAGGAGAUCAAGCAAUGGCUGGGCAAGGUAUCACCUGAAGAUGUAGAAUAUUUCAACUGCCAACAAGAGCUGGCUUCAGAGCUGAACAAACAGUAUCAAAUAGUGGAGAGGGUAAUUGCUGUGAAGACCAGCAAGUCUGCCACGGGACAUUCAGAUUUCCCAGCAAACAGUCGCAAAACUUCCUCAAAUGACCCUGAGUACCUGUGUAAGUGGAUGGGGCUGCCCUAUGCCGAGUGCAGCUGGGAAGAUGAGGCUCUGAUCAGCAAGAAAUUUCAGCACUGCAUUGACAGCUUCAACAGCCGUAACAACUCCAAGACGAUUCCCACCCGGGACUGCAAGGUGUUGAAGCAGAGGCCGAGGUUUGUUGCCUUGAAGAAGCAGCCCUCGUACAUUGGUGGGGAGAACCUGGAGCUGCGGGAUUACCAGCUGGAGGGCCUCAACUGGCUUGCUCACUCCUGGUGCAAGAACAACAGCGUGAUCCUGGCUGAUGAAAUGGGACUGGGCAAGACGAUUCAGACAAUAUCAUUCCUGUCAUACCUGUUCCAUCAGCACCAGCUGUAUGGCCCUUUCCUGGUGGUCGUGCCCCUGUCCACCCUCACCUCCUGGCAGAGGGAGUUUGAAGUGUGGGCACCCGAGAUAAACGUGGUGGUUUACAUUGGAGACCUCAUGAGCAGGAACAUGAUACGUGAAUACGAAUGGAUCCAUUCUCAGUCUAAAAGAUUGAAAUUCAAUGCACUUAUCACAACUUAUGAGAUCCUUCUGAAGGAUAAGACUGUUUUGGGAAGCAUUAACUGGGCCUUUCUAGGCGUGGACGAAGCCCAUCGGCUGAAAAAUGACGACUCCUUGCUGUACAAAACACUGAUUGAUUUCAAGUCCAACCACAGGCUGCUGAUCACUGGCACCCCGCUCCAGAACUCACUCAAGGAGCUCUGGUCCCUGCUGCACUUCAUCAUGCCAGAGAAGUUUGAGUUCUGGGAGGAUUUUGAGGAGGAUCACGGGAAAGGUCGAGAGAAUGGCUACCAGAGCCUUCACAAAGUCCUGGAGCCGUUUCUCCUGCGCAGAGUGAAGAAGGAUGUGGAGAAAUCUUUGCCAGCCAAAGUGGAGCAGAUCCUGCGAGUGGAAAUGUCUGCUCUGCAGAAGCAGUAUUACAAGUGGAUUUUGACAAGAAACUACAAAGCUCUUUCAAAGGGAACAAGGGGAAGCACGUCUGGUUUCCUGAAUAUUGUGAUGGAAUUGAAAAAGUGCUGCAACCAUUGCUACCUUAUCAAACCUCCUGAGGAAAAUGAGAGAGAGAAUGGCAUUGAGACCCUGCAGUCUUUGAUCAGGAGCAGUGGAAAGCUGAUUCUCUUGGACAAGCUGCUGACUAGGCUGCGGGAGAGAGGCAACAGAGUGCUGAUCUUCUCCCAGAUGGUGAGGAUGCUGGACAUCUUGGCAGAGUACCUGACUAUCAAACACUACCCUUUUCAGCGCUUGGACGGCUCGAUCAAGGGGGAGAUCCGAAAGCAGGCGCUGGAUCACUUCAACGCCGACGGCUCCGAGGACUUCUGUUUCUUGUUGUCAACACGAGCUGGAGGGCUGGGAAUUAAUUUGGCCUCUGCUGAUACUGUUGUUAUCUUUGACUCGGACUGGAACCCCCAAAAUGAUCUUCAGGCUCAGGCUCGAGCUCAUCGGAUUGGACAAAAGAAGCAGGUGAAUAUUUACCGCCUGGUCACAAAGGGGACAGUGGAGGAGGAGAUCAUUGAGAGAGCCAAGAAGAAGAUGGUGCUGGAUCAUUUGGUUAUUCAGCGUAUGGACACCACUGGCCGGACUGUUCUGGACAACAACUCCGGGAGAUCCAACUCAAAUCCCUUCAACAAAGAGGAGCUGACAGCUAUUUUGAAGUUUGGAGCUGAAGAUCUUUUCAAGGAGCUUGAAGGGGAAGAGUCAGAGCCUCAGGAGAUGGACAUCGAUGAGAUUCUGCGUCUGGCUGAAACACGGGAGAAUGAGGUGUCCACCAGUGCCACCGACGAGCUGCUCUCACAGUUCAAGGUUGCCAACUUUGCAACCAUGGAGGAGGAAGAGACAGAGCUGGAUGAGCGGUCCCAGAAGGACUGGGAUGAUAUCAUUCCAGAAGAGCAGAGGAAAAAGGUGGAGGAGGAAGAAAGGCAGAAAGAAUUGGAGGAAAUCUACAUGCUGCCUCGAAUCCGGAGCUCAACUAAAAAGGCUCAGACAAAUGACAGUGAAUCCGAUGCAGAGACCAAGAGAAGGCUUCAGAGAUCAUCUGGAUCAGAAAGCGAGACUGAUGACACCGACGACGAGAAGAGACCGAAGCGCAGGGGACGCCCUCGGAGUGUUAGAAAAGACACUGUGGAAGGAUUUACUGAUGCUGAAAUCAGGAGGUUUAUCAAGGCUUACAAGAAGUUUGGACUGCCUCUGGAACGGCUGGAGUGCAUUGCCCGGGAUGCUGAGCUGGUGGAUAAGUCUGUGGCUGACCUGAAGCGGUUAGGGGAGCUCAUCCACAACAGUUGUGUGUCAGCAAUGCAGGAAUAUGAGGAGCAGCUGAAGGAAAAUCCAGCAGAAGGAAAAGGACCUGGAAAGAGACGAGGUCCUACCAUCAAGAUUUCUGGUGUCCAAGUCAAUGUGAAGUCCAUCAUCCAGCAUGAAGAGGAGUUUGAAAUGCUGCACAAAUCCAUUCCCUCGGAUCCAGAGGAAAGGAAGAAGUACCGCCUGACGUGCCGUGUCAAAGCUGCUCAUUUUGAUGUAGACUGGGGAGUGGAGGAGGAUUCUCGCUUGUUAGUGGGAAUUUACGAGCAUGGUUAUGGAAACUGGGAGCUAAUUAAAACAGAUCCGGAGUUGAAGUUAUCUGAUAAGAUCCUACCUGUUGAGACAGAUAAGAAACCUCAGGGAAAACAGCUCCAGACCCGAGUUGAUUAUCUACUGAAAUUGUUGAAAAAGGAUCUGGACAAGAAAGAAAAUAUGAAAGAUGGGGAAGAGGGCAAGCUAAAGAAGAGGAAACCACGAGUAAAGAAAGAGAACAAGGCUCCCAAAGUCAAAGAUGAGCAUGGGAAUGAACUCUCCUCUCCUCGGCACUCAGACAACCAGUCAGAAGAAGGUGAAGUCAAGGAGGAUGGCCUGGACAAGAGCCCAGUGAAAAAGAAACAGAAGAAGAAAGAGAACAAAGAGAACAAGGAAAAACAGACAUCCUCUAAGAAAGAAAAGGAAAGCGAUAAAGAGAAAAAGAAGACAAAAGACAAGAAAGAGAAGCCUAAAGGUGGCGAGGCCAAAUCUGGAAGUAAAGGGAAGAGAUCGCAAGGCCCCGUCCACAUCACUGCAGGGAGCGAGCCAAUCCCCAUUGGAGAAGAUGAGGAUGAUGAUCUGGACCAAGAAACAUUCAGCAUAUGCAAGGAAAGAAUGAGACCAGUCAAAAAAGCACUGAAGCAGCUUGAUAAGCCUGAUAAGGGACUGACAGUUCAAGAACAGCUGGAACACACGCGCAACUGCCUCCUAAAAAUUGGUGAUCGCAUCUCUGAGUGCCUUAAAGCCUACACUGACCAGGAUCACAUCAAGCUAUGGAGAAGGAACCUAUGGAUAUUUGUGUCAAAAUUCACAGAAUUUGAUGCCAGAAAACUACACAAACUCUACAAGAUGGCUCAUAAGAAAAGAUCACAGGAAGAGGAGGAGCAGAAGAAGAAGGAGGACAUGUCCAGCAUGAAGAAGCCGUUCCGCCCAGAGCCUUCAGGCUCCAGCCGCGAUUCCGUGAUGUCCCAGUCUCACGUGCCUCACAAUCCUCAUUCCCAGAAGAUCCACAUGCCCCCUUCCCACACCCAGCAGCAGAUGCACGGGCACCCACGGGACAACUACGGCCAUCCAAACAAGAGACAUUUCAGCAACACAGACCGAGGAGACUGGCAGAGGGAUCGAAAGUUCAACUACGGCGGCAACAGCAACCAGAUGUGGGGCGGGGAGCGGCACCACCAGUACGAGCAGCACUGGUACAAGGACCACCACUACGGGGACCGGCGGUCGCGGGGGGAUCCCCACCGGAGCUCCGGGAACUACAGACCAAACAACCUCUCCCGCAAGAGGCCCUACGAGCAGUACAACAGCGACCGAGACCACAGAGGAGGCCGGGCUUGGGGAGCUGAUCUCCAUCCCUCUUUCCUCCACAGGCACCACCACGAUUCCAAACGGCGGCGGUCCGACGACUUCAGGCCUCAGAACUACCACCAGCAGGAUUUCCGGCGGAUGUCUGACCACAGGCCGCCCAUGGGGUACCAUGGCCAGGGACCUUCCGACCACUACCGGUCCUUCCACACAGACAAACUGGGGGACUACAAACAGCCCCUCCCUCCAUCUCACCCUGCAGUGUCGGACCCUCGCUCGCCCCCCUCUCAGAAGUCCCCCCACGAUUCCAAGUCACCUCUCGAUCACAGGUCACCUCUGGAUAGGUCAUUGGAACAGAAAAACAAUCCAGAUUAUAACUGGAACAUUCGGAAAGCGUAAAGUGACUGAGAGGGGGAAGCGCACGUCUGAUAUACCGGGAUUGAAGCGACGGUGGCUGCUUUCUCCAGGCCAGCAAUGAGAAAUUCUGAACAUGCUGCUAUCAUCUGGCUGGGUCAAGGAGGAUUUUCGGGGAGUGGGUGGAGGAAGAUUUUCCCUAAUUCUUGAUUCUGGUUUAGAUUCCCAUUUCCUUUCCCGUUUUUUUACCAUUGAACUGUUCUGUCAUGGAACCAGCCUUGCUGCCUCAUUCUUUGUUUUGUUUUUGUUUUCCUCAGUCCAAUGGACCCAAGGGAAUUUUCCCCAGCCAGUGUUUCCUCAGAAGGAGAAGGCAGAUUGAUGCUGCAGAAGGCUGUGUGCCUGUUCUGACUUGAUGUUACGUGACAGAUGCUGCUUUGGGGUUGGGGAUGAACUGGUUGGGCUGGGAUUUGUGUGUCACCAGCAUGGGGCAAUGGGAGGAUAUACUCAAGGAGGGACAGGAAAGUCCCUCAGCAGCCAAACUUGGUUGAAAGAGGGACUUGAUGUCCCUGAAGAAUGACUCCAAAGGAGCUGGAGCCAUGCUGGUGCCAAUCCAUCACUUUCCAGGCCAUGUUAUCAUUUCCAUGUCUUUAUCCAUUUCAAGAAACUGGCUCUGCUUUGAUUGCUGUUGUGUCCCCUGCAACAGAAGAGGUGGGGAGAUCUUCCUCCCAUCUCCAGGUCUGGAACUAGCAAAUCUUGUGGGGGUAAGCGGGAGCUGGGAUAUGAGAAAAAAAUGCCAACUUCCUUAGCAAAGGCUUAGUUCACUUCUAACCAGCAGGAAAGAAAUUGGGGUGAGAACAGUAUUUCCCAGUAGACAGGGCUCAGGAAUUCAUAACAAAACUCUUCUCUUCUGGCAUGGGCAGCUUGGGUGGUCCAGGAACUAACAGAUGGUGGCUGGGAGGUGCAAGAUCAAAAGAUGGCUCUGAGGAUCCUGGAACUUCUAAUCUUCCUGCCACUAGAGUCUCUGGUCUUUAGGCAAAUCAUUUCUCUCUGUGCUUCACAAAGCAGUGAUCACAAACCUUUACUGUAACUGAAGGAUAAUGGAUGGUAGAACAAAGUGAAAUAGGAAUCCAGUGGAGUGAUCACAGUUCAGGGAAUGGUCAGCUUCCUGCCACUUUUCCAGCAGUCAGCAGUGACUCUGAAUUGCUAAAAGUAUCUGCACUUACAGACCUUUUAUUUGUCUAAAUUGGAAUUGAACCUGAGGACUUAGCACCUCAGUGAGCAGGGAGAGAAUGAGGAAUUCAGGACUGAUCCGUAAAGAUCCUUGGAGCAAAUGUCUUAGAGCCCAGCAUGGCAGAGGGGAAAGAGGAAUGUGCAGCCCAGCUCAGUGGACUUCAGGGCAAACACUGAAGGUAUUCAAACCACAGCAUUUGAUGCUAACCAGCAUCUGGCCUGGACACUGGUGUGGUGAGAGGGGUUGGUUGUGCACAUACUGCUGGCCAGAAGCACCUUGGGUGAUUAUUUUUCAGGCUGGAGUUCCCUGGAGACCACAAAGCUCUCCCAAAAGCCAGGCUGCCCCCAGCGUGGUGUCUGGGGCUGCAUCACUGCCCUGAGCUCAGGAGGAAAGACCAGGCAGUUCCAGACUCCUCUUUGGUGGGGCACAGAAGCUGAGCCUCCAUUAAGAUGCCAGUAUUUGACCCUAAUAAGCUGUGAUGUCCCUUCCCCAAAAGACUGAGGGCAGAUGGGUGUUCAGGGCUGGCUUCCUGACUCCAGCCAGUGCCUGGGAGGGCCCAUGCAAACCGACACUAAUAAUUCUCCAUGCAGUAUAUCCCUGGAAAUCUGCUGCCAUCGCUCCUCCCGAUCCCGCUGCUCUAAGGGGGACACACGGGAAGUGUUUUGUUCCCCUUUCAUUUUUAUGUUGCAAGAUUUCCACCAAAUUCAGGGCAGUUUUCCUUCCUUAGGGGCACUUGCUGCCCUGAUAAAGUGUUACACUUGUGUUUACCUGUGCAGGGUGAGGUGAAGGCAAGUCUUCCACAGUCCCCUUCUGUGGUGGGCUGGAAGGUGUGGAGAGAGCAUGUUUCCCACUAAGCUGUGAUUGCAGGCUGUGGUAUUCAACAAAGAAGUCCUUUCUUUUCAGAGGUAUUAGCUUUUAAUGUGAAAAUGGAAGCAAGCUUGGAGGGGCAAAGUGAAUUGCUGUUUUUGUCACAGCGCGGUGCUGUCACGGUGGGAAGCUCGUGCCAUACUCAUGUAGCAAAGGCAAUACUGGCCAACCAGUGCUAGGUUGGUGCAGGAAAACUUUGGAUCCCAGCAAGAGGCAUUUUCUGUGUUGAGAUGUGGGGGUUUCUGCUUAUCCCAGGUUCCAGGCACGAGGUUGGUUGGGGUUUCCUUCUUGUACAACAGCAAAAGCUUUACCCAUAUCCACUGGAGAUCUGUCCCCACUGUCACUUUAGCCUGAUGUUGGUGUCACGUCAUGUCCACUCAUGGUGGGUGAGUCUUUGCUGCGUUUGGCUUUAGUGAAGCUGGAGAAGGAGAUUUGGGAGAAAGUCUUCCCUGAGCACACACACACUUAUGCAUUUUAUGUCCCCUCAGCAUAGGGACCAUAACCAAACACAAUCAUGGGGACUGAGUGGGAUCGGAGGGGGCACAUCCACAGCCAUAAACUUCCCUGUGGUGUUUGUGUCAGCAGCUGGUGCAGCUCUUCCUUGCGAACCAGCUGCGAGAUUCCCUCCAGCCUCUUUGCAGGAAAAAAGCAGUAACUUGCUGGGGUUCAAUUAAAAAACAAAAGAAGUAGUUUUUCAGCUUUCAAAGAGGUCGGUUUGACCUCUUUGGAAAUGGUGUAGUUAUGAGUUCACACGGUGGAAAUCCUGCAGACCAAAACCUGCUGUGGGGACAGGCGACGUGGUCCCAACCAAAAUGGACACGGAACCAAGUGCUGAAGUGCUUGAGUGAACGGUUUGUGAUCCUCACAAAAAUAUUAUUCUGCUUUCACCCGUUUCCUCCCCACCUCUGCCUCCCCUCUGGGGAGAGAAGGACUCUUACUGUAAAAAUACGGACUUUUAAACCUGUUGACUAAAAACAGUAAUUAAUAUUAAUUUAUAUUUGUGAAAGAAAUGCCACUGUCCUAGUGAUUUCUGAUGUAAAUAUGUUGUUUAUAUAGUAUGUAUGAAAUUUUCCUACAUUGUAAAACUGCUGUACUUUUGAUUCUUGUAUAUUAAAAAGUGUUACUGAGAUUUUCA